AUGCACCCUCCCCGAGACUUUGCGGGAGAGUUGCAAGACGUGAAAGAGGAGGUAGAGGAUUUGCGAGCUGAAGUCCGGCGCCUUCGACGUGGGCUGCUUGAGCUACGUGCUCUUGUUACUGAUCAGCAAGUGACUGCAUCUGGGCGCGACUCAACUGUGGGGGGAUCCUAUUCUACGGCUUCUUUUUCUCCGUCUCCUGAGCGGGGUGCGGAGGCUGUUGCCGCAACAUCGGCGACUUUGCAAUCAGUGCCUGAGCAAGCUGGGACAGCCGCGCCGAGUGCGCAUACCGCUCUCAGUUGGCAGCAACGUGAGGAGAUCUGCGAUCAGAUCGGGCGCUUUUUAGCCAGGUCAAUCGCGGGAGGGCACAGAGGGUCAAGUGGACGGGAGAAGAUCAACCUUCCCUCGCGGCUCUGGAUCAUAGUCCGCGAUUUCAGCGGGCAGAUCUAUACACCUGUCAAGGUGGUGAGAUCGUGGUCUUCCUGCAAGACUCUUUGCAAGCCUGGCAAUCACGAGUGCGGUGAUUCGGUGUUCGUUGGGGUGCCUUCCGAAAGGGAGGCAAAGCGGGUCGAUAACUGCACGGGAAGUUUGCAAAUAAUUCAAAUCUGUGAGCUGGAAAACCGUUUGUUGGUUGCAGUCCCACAAACUGCUUGGCACCGUUCCCUUUCAAAGCGCCUGCUGCCGCCUGGAGUUUUGGUCCGGGCCACAUUGGUUGAAGUACAAGCUGCAGAAGGAGAUCAUGUUGACGUGGCUAUUGACGGUGUGUCGCUUAAACUAUGGGUCGGCUUUUUGAAGAAGUCCCUUCGCGACGCCAUCGAGAUUUUGGAGGAGUUCGACGUCGACUACUUCUUCGACGACAACGAGAGCAGGAGAGCGCUACCUCUAGCGCAGGCCCUGGUGGAUGUGUCUCAAGAGCAUUUUGCUUUCUUUUCGGCCGACGGCUACGGAGGUCCAGGCUUCGACGAGACGGGCUUGGGAGAAGAGAUGACUGCCGGAGCUGCCGAUGCUGGGUUGGACGGCGAGCCUAUGACCGACUUGGAGGUGCGCAUGGCAAAGAUGGAGGAUGCGCUGAGCGACAUUGCUCAGGAGCUCAGGAGGCAGGGUCCUUUGAAGGCUUCGACAAAGCGCAGAGCUUCUCCAAAGCCCACCCUCAAGCCAAAGCAAACCACACAGGCCUCUUCAUCGGGGGACUUCUUGCCGACGGACGCCAAGGCCAUGUUUCCGAAGUUGGAUGCUGGUGUUGUUGCAGCAGCCUUGCAAGCUGGAGUUCCGUUGGCGCAUCUGGAGUCCAUGCAGAGCCUGAUGGCCCAGCUUACCAAGGCCACCAAACUCAAGGAUCUGAAUCCGAAUGUGGCUCCCGACCCUUUGUCGGAGAACGAUGGGCUUCCAGACGAAGAAGAAGAACUACUGCCCGCCGAAUAUGGCUUGGGAGAAAAGAGUCCAAUUGCAUCCACUUUGUCAAAGCUGACCUCCAUUGUGGAGUACCUAACAGACGAGAAGAAGAAGAAAACUUCAGUGAGCAAGCUGGAGUCAGCUUUGGAGGGGGGAUCAACUGGCUCGUCAGAUGUUCCGCUUUAUGGGAGUGGGAAAAAGGCGGCUCAAGCAAGGAGGGCGUUCCGGUCCUCUUUCGAAGAGAGCCCCGGCGACAUCGCUGCGCUCAUAGAGAAGCUCAUGUACGAGGACCUCACCUCGACGUCCCUGGCUCACGGCAUGCCUCCAAGGGGGCUCAAUGCAAGAGCGUGGGUGGAGCACAGGAGUCACAUUACUGCCCACAAGACAGGGGCGCAUGCAGCUUGGAGUGUGGCGGGGAUCUUGGACAGCCUCAUCUUGGGAAACUACACCAAGGCAAGGGCUCGAUGUGCAGUCCUGCUCUUGAUGUUGGAUCAGGCAAGCAGAGAUCGGGGAAACUGGACCCUGGCGGCCGAGCUUGCGCCCGAACCUGGACCGCCAAUGAAUGCGCUCAGCAAUCAUGUGGGGCCAGCGGUUCAGGAUGGCGAGAGCCCAUUUAGCAGGCUUUUGGAUCCACGAUGGGCAGAAGCAGCUCUGGCACAUCUCAAGGACCAAGACGACUACCUGGCAAAAAGGCGCAAUGUGGGAAAAGUGGCGACGACAAUCCAGAAGCAGAUGCAAAGAGGUGCUUUUUUGAAUUCGAUGCCCCGAUGGCUGCUUCGGACAAGAUGCAGCCUUCAGAGUUUUUUGCGCUCAAUCCUGAUGAUGCCCUGGCGCGAUUUUGGCCUCACGUCCAAGGCGGGUUCUACCUGGCCGCUGCCGCUUCCCUUCCCGGAGGUCUUCUCUGCUGGCGGAUGUCUUGAUUCCCGCUCGCAUGUGAAAAGGCUGAUCUCCUUGCAAGUGUUGGCUCUUGACAGGCUUCAUUUGGGAAAGCCGGCAGCUGCACCGCCAACACUUGCUUUGGGCACCUCAUUGACUGCGCGGCAGUGGUCUGUAGUGCGAAUGCUUGAGCACCUUGCCUUCGACGGUACAACUCCCGAAUUUGUGGAUGCUGCCUGCAUGGGCCGAGUGGCCAGUAAAGUGGAAGGCUUCGAAGAGAGCCUGGCCGCCCUCUCACGGGCAGUUUCUACCUUGCAUACCUCCUCUGGGCACUAUUUUGGUGCUACCGCCCACAGCCGGAGCCCCCCAGAUGAGGAUAUGGCUAUCCAGCGUUGUGGGACAGUUUGCGGCUCAUUGAACCAGAGGGUGGAACCAACAGCUCGGCCUCUUGUGGCUGCCAGGCUCACCUUUCCGCCUGCACCGCGGUUUGACCCGCGACCUUACUUUGACCACAGCACCCAGGACCUCUAUGAGUUCCCUCUCUCUCAUGGCAGAAAACUGGAAGAGAUAGGAAAGCCACCUGCAGUGCAAGUGCGUGCAAGUCCGCAGGGCCGGAUUCAGUUGUACCAGAAGCUUGCGCAAUCAGGCCUUUUGAAACCUGUGCCAGAAGGUACCUACCUUGACCUCUACCGCAACGGCCUCUUCUCUGUCCCAAAGGACGCUGAGCGUGACAGGAUGGUGUUGGACGGACGUCCAGCAAAUAUGGUCGACAGGGGUCAGCACAAGUGGUGUCAAGCAAUGGUUUCCGCUGCAGCGUUGGGAGGGCUUCACAUCGAAGAUGACAAAGUCCUGGUGUGCGGGGGUGAGGACCUUCGCGACUACUUCUACCAGUUUGUGGUCAAUGAAGAGCGAACGGCGAGAAAUGUUUUGCAAGGCAGCCUUAGUUUGAAGGAGGCAAAGCAGGUUUUUGGAACCAAGUUUGAGUGGCCUGCUGAACGUGUAGCAGUUGGUUUGAGCAGCUUGGCAAUGGGUGACACCUGUGCUGUGGAGUAUGCUCAGUGCUCCCACCUUGGGUUGUUGCUACAGGGCAAAGCGCUGCGGGUGAAGGAGCUGCUGACUCUGCACGGCUCCGUUCCUAGGGGUUUGCUGCAGAUUGGGAUCGUUGUGGAUGACCUGGUUGUGCUGGAGCAAGUUUUACGAACGGAGUUGGAAGAGAGAGGUGCUACUGCAGCAGCCUCUCUGAGUGCUGAGCGGCUUUCCAAUGCUCGGGUGGCCUAUGCCCAAGCCGGGCUGCCCAACAAUGAGAAGAAAGGCUUUGCGGGGCUGACCUGUGCCAACUUCUGGGGAAUAGAUGUCGAUGGCGACAAAGGCAUGUGGGUGUCUCUUUUGGCAGUGAGGAGAAGGUUGUUCAGUGUCAUGGACCUCAUUUUUGAGCCGCUGACAUUGGACUGCUCCAGCUCCACGGUGAUCCGCCUGUCCAGCGACAUGAUCUCGGAGCUGGCUUGCAUCUGCCUCUUGGGCACUUUGGCCGUGGUCAACCUCAGGGCCGACUUCGCCAACUUUGUCUGCGCUACUGAUUCAAGUGGCUCAGUGAUGGCUGGUGUCAGAGCAUCGAUACCAAAGUUGUUCUCCAAAGAGUUGGCGCGGCACACUAUUCGCAAGGGAGUUUGGGCUAAGCUGCUGCCCCCUGGGAAGGCGCUGUUGAGGAUGCAUGGACUCCUGGAGCCAGGAGAAGAGACACCUGAGGAAGGGUAUAGGACCAACCCUCUCUGGGAGGUUGUCGCACGUGGGCUUACGUACCAUGAGUGCUGGAGGAGGAGAAUUAGGAGGCAGAAGCAUAUCAAUGUGACAGAGCUGCAAGCUUUUGUGGAGGAGGAGAAGCGUAUUGCAAACUCGACCCCAAGCCUUCGAGUUCCUUUCGGACUCGACUCACAGGUGGGUCUUGGUGCUGUGGCAAAAGGAUGUGCUGCUUCCCCGAGCCUGAAUGCUGUGUUGCAACAGAGCAUGUGCUAUGCCAUCGGUGGAGAUGUUUACACCCUGCCUAUGUACUUCAACACUGCCUCAAACAGAGCUGAUGGACCCACCAGAGGAACUGCUCCAAAGGGCCCCGACCUUGCUUUACUUGAUUGGUUUGGUGAACUUGCUCAAGGAGACACUGAAAGCUUUGAUAGGUGGAUGGACUUGGCGGGUGUACCCUCGCCUGAACCCGAGCUGCCUUAUGCUGACCUCUGCGGCGCUCAAGAUCUAGACCUUAGCUCUGGCUCUGUUUUGCGCCGUAAGGAGUCGGCUGUUUUGGGCCGCCCAGGACAUGUGAAAGGGGACUUGGCUCUGCCUGAGGAAACUGCAGCCCUGCAGAAUGAAGUUGGUAGGUUGUCAAAGUUGUGCCCUGAGGCUGUUGAGCUGCUCUCAUGCUUCCCAAGGAGGCAAUUCUACUUUCGUGAAGGCGUUCUUGACUUUUUCGAGGCUGGCUGUUUGGACCUUUUUUCUGGAAAGUUUGGAGUGGCCCGGCAGCUUGUGCGUUGUGGUGCACCUUGGGUACUUACGUUUGAGUGGGAGAGAAGUUCAGAUGAAGACUUGCUGCAGCCUCAGCUCAGAACAAAGCUCCGGAGGAUGAUAGCAGUUGGAUGUUUCAAAGCGUUUGGUGCUGCCCCCAUUUGUGCAAGCUUUUCUGUUGCGGUGACACCGCCGGUGCGGAGUAGCCAGUUUCCUCGAGGGCUCCCCAACUUGUGGCGUUCCAUGCAGCAAAAAGUUCGCGAUGGAAACAGCCACAGCGACUUUGUCCGUGACCUGGUCGAGGAUGCCGAGUUCUACGUCCUUGCCUAUUUCGUGGAGAACCCUGAUUUGUCAUGGUGGUGGAGGCAGAAGAGAUGGAAGCGCUGGAGGCUACUGGCUCUUGCACUAUGUCAACACGCUGGAUGGUGUGGGCGUGAACGUUUGAAUGUUGCUGACUGUGCAAAGCUGGGCUGCUUGAGACCUGGCGAGGCUAAGAACCCAGGGCCACGGAGAAGGCUGCCGCGUGAACGACAAGGUAGCCUUUUGGAUGUCAAGCUGGUGACUACACAAACGCUGGCGCUGGAAGCGAAGCAGCUUAAGAUGUUUUGUGACUGGUGCAACAAAUGGCUUCAGGGUAUUGAUUUGGAAGUUUUAUUUAGCAGGGUGCCGCAGUUUUUGGUUUCUGCUUUGGAGCGCCAUGCUGAAUGGCUUUUCAAGAACUCUGGGGCACUCAGCAACAUGCGACACAUCAUACUUGCUGCACAGCGUUGGAUACCGGCCUCUCGGCCUUUGAUGACCCCAGCUUGGGAAAUGGUGGACAGAUGGGAGUUGUUGUUGCCAGUGAACCAUCGCAUUCCCAUCCCUUACAACGUCGUGUGUGCAAUGUGCACGAUUGCUUGGCACCUGGGAUGGUAUGCAUGGGUUGGCGCUACAGUGCUCGCUUAUUUUGGAGCAGGAAGGCUGGGAGAGGUUUUGAGAUGCUGCCGCGAGGACUUGGUUUUGCCUCAGGACGUUUUGAGCCGGCGGAGUCGCCGAUCUUUUUACGACUGCGGUCGUUCAAGUCACAGUUUAGGAGGAGCUGCAGUCUACCACUACAAGUGUGGAAAACCCAUCAAUGACUUGAUGUGGCUGCUAAGACUUCGCAGCCAGUCCACACUCGAGAGUUACCUACAGGAAGAUGAAGACAAACUCCCUUUGUGGAACACGUCCUUGCGCACCUGCGGACCGUCCCUGCAAGACUUGGUUGUGACUACAGCUGCUGGAUGCUCCUAUGUCAUGGUGGUGCUCUAUGGCCUCCUCAAUUGCCCUGGAGCUUGGUCCACCUGGGCCUUUUGUUGCGGCAUCCUUUGGCGCAGCUGCGGUGCACUCUUACCUUUGUGGGUGAUGGAAAAAGAGUGUGCGCUGCUUCACCAGCUUCGACCUAUGUCAUGGCGGUGCUCUAUGGCCUCCUCAAUUGCCCUGGAGCUUGGUCCACCUGGGCCUUUUGUUGCGGCAUCCUUUGGCGCAGCUGCGGUGCACUCUUACUUUUGUGGGUGA